AUGACAGCCACAAGCAGUAUCCCUCCUGCUCCAUGGCGGAGCCUGUUCUUGGAACACAUCUCCAAACUAGACGAUCCCUACAUGUCUGUAUCAACAGUAGCAUUCGACCCCAAGACCGGAUCUCCAUUACCACGUGUCCGUACAUGUGGCUUCAGAGGCUUUUUCGGAGAACUCAAAAUUCAUCCUUCAGCUGAAAAACAGCUCAAAGACGGAGGGGAGAUGAAUCCGUCAAUAUACGAGUCUGAUAUGAUUGCGUUUACUACUGAUGUGCGGAUGGAGAAAGUUGAGCAACUCAAGGAGACGAAUGGGGCGAUUGAGGUCAUGUUCUGGGUCAAGGAGGUAAUGGGUCAGUGGAGGUUAAAGGGAAAGGCGUUUAUUAUUGGGGAUGAUGGGAGUGAGGUGGCUGAGAGGGCUGCUAGGUCGGAGAUUGCGAAGGGAUUGAGAAAUAAGCCGGGUGAUGCCACUGAUGGAGAUUGUUGGUCCUGGGAAAAGGAGGUUACCGCCUAUUUUGCAAAUCAUAGCCCAUUGAUGAGAGGUUCUUUCAAAGGUCCACGUCCUGGGACGCCACACAGCCAAAAACCUGAAGAUCCAAACCUAAGGCUAGGUCAGAAAGUCAACGAUCUCCAUGACUCCAUUGCAAGAGGGAAUUUCCGAGUGGUAGUCAUCCGCGUUGAAGAGGUUGAUAGGAUAGAUCUGAACAACCCGGAGGAAGCAAAGCGAUGGAGGACGACAUUAGACCAGACUGGCCAUCAACAAUGGGAAGAAGUAGAAUUAUGGCCUUGA